CCUAGUUCCUAGGUCCCAUUUAUCCAAAAUGGGACAGCUCUACGCAGCUUCAACGCUCUCUGGCUUGCCCCAAAUCCAUUUCUUGCUCAUUGCUAAUGGAUAAGAUCGGUCUCUUCCUUUCUACGCCCAUCUACUUUUCUUCAGAUUUACUUCUGUGGUGAUUUUCCAUCAUUUUCUUCGGAUAAUCUCGUGGUUUCUGUUCUCAUUUCCGACGCAACUUCUGGAUACUGAUCGGAUUUCAAUUCCUCGUUUCAAAUUGGAUUGGUAAUCGUUUCUCAGCUAGUGAUUUUCCCGUUUGUUUGUGUGGAGGGUACUUGCCGAUCGCGCUUGGUUUGGAAUCAAACGCUUUGAUUGUGUUGUUUGAAAUCGAUUCGAGAACACUCUUCGAACAAGACUUGCGAGUAGAGAGCGAUACCGAUAAAUAGAGAUUUUGAAUGCUGGAUUUAGUGUGAGUCUAUUUUUUUUAUGUAAUUCUGAAGCAAUACAGAUCAUCACGGGUUUCUUGGCCGGCGGUUGGCUCGCGUGAUGUGGAUUUGUUCGAUUUGUUCGAGGCUGGCAGAUUCUUGGAGGAGACAUUUAGGAUUGAGUUGUGAGACAACCUAGAUUGGCCUUCUGAUCCAAAAGUCGAAGCGAUGGAUGAUGAACUUCAGCUUGCAAGAUUCUCGCAUCGCCAGCCUCGUGUUAAAGUGUGCUCAUCGCCUUGGCUUGAUUUGAGAGUGUUCUAUGUUAGGAUCAGUAAUUUCCAAGUAGACAGCUUGACGCCCGAGUUCCUCACGCUCAACCAUAUCCCUCUCAGCCCGGACACCCUUUUUGAAGUCAAUGGCGUUAGGAGUAGUAGUCGCUCGGAGGGAGUCUCUUCCUCUCUGAGGAGAGAUAGAGCUGAUAAGGAAUCAGAAGAAGCUACUUUUGUGACUACUGACAAUAUAAGGUUGAGUGGAAGUGUAAAAUUUGAGGUAUAUGAUAAGGAAGAUUUGAUUCUUUCUGGGGUUUUGGAGAUGUUGGAUUCCAAUGGUUUAUUAGGUGAAUCCAAAAGCAAUGCCAAGAGGUGGAGCAUCAUGAGUUGUAAGUCGAUGUUGGGUGGCGGGCUCUUGAAGGGAAAGCAGCAUAUGAUUGGAGGUGAAACCCCGUCCCCGAUGAUCGACGUUUAUAUAGCUGGUAGCUUCUCUGGAAGUCCUAUCAUCUUGACCAAAACUUUGCAGCUAAGCUCCCGAAAGAAACAGAGUUGGAAAUCCAUGUUGGACACGAUACCGGAGUCUGAGACGCCUGAUUCUAAUGAAGAUCACUUUCCAGAAUAUGAUUUACAGGCAACAGAAUAUGGGAGAUACAAACAGGACAUUGACAACGGCAACGAUUACAGCAACAUGUACUGGAAGAGGAGAGAAUAUUUAGACGAUGAAGAUGGUGAACUCUCCUGGUUCAAUGCAGGUGUGAGAGUUGGUGUUGGUAUAGGGCUCGGUGUUUGUGUCGGUAUUGGUGUAGGAGUUGGCUUGCUCGUUCGUACCUACCGAGCCACUACUCGGAACAUCACGAGGCGAUUCGUUUGAAGUCUGUCCUGUUUUUUUUGCAGAGAAACUUGUGUAGCUGAAAUUUUGAUGAUGGAAAACUUGGAUGUUUGAAGAGAGUGAUAGAACAUUAUCUUACUUGUUUGUCUGUCACCAUUUGUAAAAUUGAUAAUAUAGAAGAUAGAGAGACCUUUUUGAGUACCGUGCAGUGUUCAUUAAAGCA